CCUUGGUGAGGCAGUAAGGCAGCGGGCGGCGGUAGUAGUUGCGGAUCAGGCCUGCGGGCAAGAUGAUGCUCUCGCGGCUCAAGCCCGCCGUCGGAGGUGGUCCUCAGUCUGCUGAGAAGCGCAAAAAGAAAGGCAAGCGGAUCCCGCAGCUGGAAGAGCUGCAGACCCAGCGAGACUUCACUGGGGCCAUCGCCUUACUGGAGUUUAAGCGUCAUGUUGGGGAACAGGAAGAAGAUGCAGACCUCUGGAUUGGAUAUUGUGCUUUCCAUCUGGGUGACUACAAAAGAGCACUGGAGGAGUAUGAGAAUUUGACCAAGCAAUCUGGCUGCAACAUGGAAGUUUGGGUGAAUUUAGCGUGCACUUACUUCUUCUUGGGAAUGUAUACACAAGCUGAACAGGCAGCCUUGAAAGCUCCCAAAAGUAGACUUCAGAAUCGUUUAUUGUUCCAUCUAGCACACAAGUUUGGUGAUGAGAAGAAACUGAUGAGCUUCCACCAAAAUCUGCAGGACAUAACAGAAGAUCAGCUUAGCCUAGCAUCUAUUCAUUAUAUGCGAUCUCACUACCAAGAGGCUAUUGAUAUUUACAAACGCAUACUGCUUGAUAACAGGGAAUAUUUGGCCCUCAAUGUAUAUGUGGCCUUAUGCUACUACAAACUGGAUUACUAUGAUGUGUCACAAGAGGUGCUAGCCGUUUACCUUCAGCAGGUUCCUGAUAGUACCAUUGCUCUUAACCUAAAGGCUUGUAAUCACUUCAGACUCUACAAUGGGAAGGCUGCUGAGGCAGAGCUUAAGAGUUUGAUGGACAGUGCCUCAACAUCCUUUGAGUUUGCUAAGGAACUCAUUAAGCAUAAUCUGGUGGUAUUCCGCGGAGGGGAAGGGUCUCUUCAAGUACUUCCUCCCUUGGUUGAUGUCAUUCCUGAAGCUAGAUUGAAUCUAGUCAUUUACUACCUCCGGCAAGAUGAUGUGCAGGAAGCUUACAACCUGAUUAAAGACCUGGAACCUACAACCCCACAGGAGUAUAUCCUCAAGGGAGUAGUGAAUGCAGUCCUUGGGCAGGAAAUGGGUUCGAGAGACCAUUUGAAAAUUGCUCAGCAAUUCUUCCAGCUGGUGGGAGGAUCAGCCAGUGAAUGUGAUACAAUCCCUGGAAGACAGUGUAUGGCAUCUUGCUUCUUUCUGCUCAGACAGUUUGAUGAUGUUCUAAUUUAUCUCAACUCUGUGAAGAGUUACUUCUACAAUGAUGACACUUUUAACUUCAACUAUGCCCAGGCCAAAGCUGCUACUGGCAAUACUAGUGAGGCUGAGGAGGUGUUUCUCCUGAUUCAAAGUGAGAAAAUAAAGAAUGAUUUUGUUUACCUCAGCUGGCUCGCUCGCUGCUACAUUAUGAAUAAGAAGCCACGAUUAGCCUGGGAGCUGUACCUGAAGAUGGAAACCUCAGGAGAGUCCUUUAGCCUUUUGCAGCUAAUUGCAAAUGACUGCUACAAAAUGGGUCAAUUUUACUAUUCUGCAAAAGCUUUUGAUGUCCUUGAAAGACUGGAUCCUAACCCUGAAUAUUGGGAAGGCAAAAGGGGUGCCUGUGUAGGCAUCUUCCAGAUGAUCGUGGCUGGCAGAGAGCCUAAAGAUACUCUAAGGGAAGUGCUGCAUCUCCUGAGAAGUACGGGUAAUCCGCAGGUAGAGUACAUUGUCCGUGUAAUCAAGAAGUGGGGCAAGGAAAACAGAGUCCCCUGUUAAACCAGCAUCACCAAGAGAAUGGAAGCAGCCAUCAUCUGUGUUGUGCCUGGCUGGAAUAAUGUGGCCUUUUCCAACCUAGUGGCAUCAUUAUGGAGAAUACAACAAUGGAAGAUACUCAAAAUAGAUCUAUUUUUAUAAUAAUAAUUCUUUUUUAAUGAAAGCUGUCUGAAUGUCAUGUAUUUGUGAGGAGUGACUUUAUGCCACAUAUCCCAGGUUCCACUUUAUUUUGUAUUACAAUUCCAAAUGUUCAGCUGUUUCACUAGCUACAGUCGUCAGGUUGUUCCAGCUCUGUCCAUUGAGCAGUAUUUGUAUUGAGACAGUGCAAGGACUGGCCUGUACUGUGUACAGAUGGCCCAAAGCUUCAUUGUACUAAUUUCCAUAGCAGAGUAUAAAAUGUACUCAAGAAAAAAAAAAUUAUAGCAAGCCUCUUUGUUAUUAUGAAUAAUAUUCCUGAAUCCCAGCAAAACUCUGGAAAUGACAUAUGGUAGGAAAGCUUUUAAUUUCUGUAGCCUAAUGCACACUGAGAGCAAACUUUGUCAAAAAAAUAGUCCCUUCAAGCUGCAUCUUACAUUGUUCAUUUCUUUGUCUGGUUCUACAAGGUUUUUUCUGCUGAUUAAGGCAUGGCUUCAGGCUCAUGUUCUCUACAAUUGCCAUGCUAGGCUGAAAGGUGCCUACCUUCCCCUUGCAUAUGCUUGUGAAUAGCUUGAGGAAGUGGGGGAGUUCCUUUCAGAUAAUAUAUUUAUUUUCUAAACAUGAUUCUGAAGAGGUACAUAUAUUGAAACACGAUAGAAUACAUUUGUACAGUUUUUAUGUAGAUAGCUCAAAGUGAUCUUUAUGCUUUCAGUUUUAAAAAAAUGUUUGUA